AUGGAGUAUAGAAACUCGUCCUUGCGUCUGCACGGUCUCCUGAUGAGCACCUCGAAUGAGCGCGUUGAGCGUCUAAUUACCCGGUACUUCAACCAACUAACUCGUGGCUGCCAGGACCCUCAGUGUCCUAAUCCUAAUUGCGCCUCUUCAGCCCGCUUUUCACAUUCUGGCAUCUCAGCAAAUCAGGCUGCCGCGCUUGCUCUUCAGCUCACAUCCCGCCAAGCGCCCUUGUGCUAUCCGUCAGAUUCGGCUGUUGACUUAGCGACCGACAGUAUGGAUACGGAUGAUGGUCUUGGCACUGAUCAUGACUCGGAGUUUCCGCACUCUAAUACCCGCUCCACUAUGAGUGAGCAGAUAACAGUUGGUACAUCUAACUCCACUGCUAUUGGUGAGUCGCUGAGCAAUUUACUGGAAGCCUCAGAGCUUUCCCGGGGAUCUUUCAUGCGACCGAACGAGAUUACUCGUCUGCUCAUGCUACUCUUUGAUGUCUCUGACACCGAUGAAGCCACUCCAGUGCGCCAACCGGAGAACCAGUCCUCGGGCGAUACAAAUGUCGGCAAUUCUCCUCAACUACUUCCACUUGACAACAGUCGCACUGAAGUAACGUCAAGUGCCGGCUCUGGUACUCGGUCGACAUCUUCCACUUUCACAUCUUGUUUGAGCGCCUCUGAUGAAGCGAACGGGAAUGCUGAAACGUUGAAAAAUCUUUGGACUAGCUCUAACACCAACAGUACGCUGGCCUCGCUCGUAUCGUCACUGCAUGCGAAUCAGGAGCGAGAAUCCAGGACGUCUGGGUUAACAAUAAGCGAGCUCAGAGAUUCCAUCUCAAUGGGGAAAAGUCAAGGGGAUUGGUCGCACUUGAUCGGUCUUUUAAGUGCUGUUUUUAGCUCAUACGAGGCUCUCUCUGCGAGUUUUGUAAACGAAACGAUGGACUAUGAAUGUGUAGUCGGACAGUCCGAUCCUUUGGCGAAGCGAGGACGCUCUUCUGAAGGACACACUUCUUGUUCAAUAGAAGAUACUGGAAAGACCUCUGAUUGCCCAAUGGAAGAAGAUCCACAUUUCUCAGAACAAACUGCAGAUGUCCCUGUUGGUCACCUGCCAGCUCUGAUCAGUACCUCUAAAGAUACAAUUGAUGCUGACGCUCACCUGACUCCGCUAAUUCAUCCUGUAAACAUACAUGACAUCCGCUGUGCAUGGUCCAUGAUUUCUGCUCUACCGGAGCGUCAGAAUGUGGUGGAUGCGCUUAUGCGGGCCGUGCGGCGCUUGGUUGUCACCAGUCUCCAUCAGAUCCUCGUAUCCAAAGUCCCUAAUAGUCUUGGAGAUCCUGACGCCCCAUUUUCCGUCAAGAACACACAACAGCGGCUUAUCAAUCUAUUCCUAAUCCUUUAUGAGUGCCCGUUUGCCACCGAUCCGUUGCAUUUCGAGCACUUGCUUUUGAACAUUAAUCGCGCGGCCACUUGGCUCCCAGUGAUGUUACAAGCUCGUCUUUGCCGUGCCUGGGCUAAAUCUGCCCAUCUACCUCUGCCGGACUGCUUGGAUGGGACACCUCCGUCUCCAGAACAGACCAACUUAUGGUCGUUGCAGAAGAUUCUUUUACAUCACAUCACUCUACGCUGCCUCACCACGGAUCAUGGAGUGCCAAAUGAGGACAAACAGAUAUGCGAGGCGGCUCUCGUCCUUCGUAUAGUCUACUAUGCUAGUCUGUUGGCUGGCGAACUAGACAGCGAGGAGCUGCUUAAAAGGGAGGCCAAGGAAAAUGCAGAGUUUGAGGAACUAAUGCACAAUUAUUUCAUAAUAGAGCAUCGGUCUGAGCGUUCUCGUCCCCACUCGAUUGAAGAUCCGCUGGCCAAAGCGUUGGCCAUAUCUCCCCAUGACUGCCGCAAGCCUUUCAUCCCUGCCAAGGAUUUUGUUAACGAAACUCUCAAUGAAGGCCUCAAGCCGAAACGUGAUUACGUCAAUUACAGAUCCAACGAUACGUUUGGCGAACUCAGCUUCAUGAAAUUACCAUUUUUACUGCAAACCAGUUCCAAGACGGUUCUGCUCUACUACGACAACCGAAUGCGUAUGUUAGAUGAACAGCGAGGGGCGUUUCUACAAUCUUUGUUCGUGGAGAAUCCAGAGUUACCGUUUUUAAAGCUUCAUAUAUCACGGGACCGUGUCAUUGAAGAUGCUCUCCUGGCGCUUGAAAUCACGUGCCUCGAAAAACCCAGCGACUUAAGAAAGCAAUUGAUGAUUGAGUUCGAGGACGAGCAAGGGGUCGACGAGGGUGGCCUAAGCAAGGAAUUCUUUCAAUUGAUUAUCGAGAAAGUUUUCGAUCCAGUCUACGGUAUGUUCACUUGCGAUGAUGAACUGGGAACCUACUGGUUUAAUCCGGUACCACUGGAGGAUUUGGACCGGGAAUAUUGUCUUAUCGGCAUUCUGCUUGGUCUGGCUAUUUACAAUGACAUCAUCCUCGAUGUUCACUUUCCAUCUGUUUUGUAUCGGAAGUUAGCGGGCAAACUGGGCACUUUUGAGGAUUUGAAGGAUGCUCGACCGGACUUGAUGCCUGGGUUAACGGCCCUUUUGGAAUACGAUGAUGACGAUUUCGAGGAGGCCUUUGAUUGUAAUUUUGUUGUUUCGUAUUCCGAUCCGUUUGGAAACACGCAACAUCAUGAACUUAUCCCCAACGGUUCAUCCAUUCCCGUGACCAAAGCCAAUCGCCAGGAAUUCGCUGAACGUUAUGCGGAUUUUCUGCUAAACGAAUCGGUGAAAAAACAGUUCCGUGCCUUUCGUAGGGGAUUUCAAAUGGUUGUGAGUGAAAGUCCUCUAAAUUUCCUAUUUCGGCCAGAUGAAAUUGAGCUGCUUAUUCGAGGAAGCCGUGAGUACGAUUUCAGGGAACUCGAACGAGUUACCAGUUAUGAGGAUUACACUGCAGAUUCUCCGGUGAUAAAAAAUUUCUGGCACGUUGUGCACAACAUGACUUCAGAGCAGCAGCGUCAGCUGCUGCAAUUUAGCACCGGGUCCGAUCGCAUUCCUGUCGGUGGUAUGUCAAAAAUGAAGUUUAUCAUAGCUCGUCAAGGUGCAGAUCCUCAUCGACUACCAACGGCUCAUACGUGUUUCAACAUCCUGCUAUUACCGGACUACCCUACUCUGGACCAACUGAAGCGUGAAGUUGCGCUUUCAGCAAUUCUUAAAGGCGUUCUCUACUUGUCGGCAUUUACAGCGUUGGGCCACAAAACCGUAUCUGAAUCACCGAUGGCUACCCACCAGCCUCCUGGGACUACAUCGGAUGACCUGAGUUGUUUGGACGUUGUUCGAUUUGCAACAGCUCGCGCCGCCGAGUUGGCUGCAUUUGAGUCUAGCGUCAAUGUGAUUACCCUACGCGCCGUAACAGGUCUCCAGCGACUGCCAGUUCGCUUGAGACGGCGUGCAGCUAGUCAUAGGAUCAACCGGUUGCCACGCAGACUUCACCGGCACCAUCACUCGAAUCAAACUGCAGGACAAAGCAGCGAAAAAUUACCUACCCAACAUGCUAAACUCAAACAGUCAAAGGCAAAACGAGUCGUUCUGAAAAGCCGCAGAUUUCGUCGGAGGCACCUACGCCUAUUAGACUUCGCCACUCGACUAGCGGCAUCUGCAUCUUCAGACGUCGCUUCUUCUGAUGGGACGUGCAAAUCACUGUGGUUGCCGACUCAUUUGUGGCAUGCGAAACGCUUCCAUAUGAUAGAUAUCUGGGGCUGGCGCUUGCCACACAAACCCAACGACAAAAUUUUUAAGGCGUGUCAGAAUGCUGCCUUGAGUGGAUGCUUGGUCUUCGAUAUGAGUUUUCUUAAUUGCCUGGAGCUCGUCGGUCCGGAAACGAUCCUUGCAGCUUGCAUAAACAGUUUCACGCGAUGCACAGCCUUCUCCAGCUCUUGCAAAGCGCCGACCAACGAAGCAGGUGCGCCAGCUCAUGCGUGCGAACAACUUGCCCUCAUGUACACCGAUUUCAAUGUGAUCUCGGAUCCAUCUGUCACCGUUUGUUUGUCGCGUCCGGUGCUCGGUCCUGUUCGCCUGUUGUGGGGGCCAGUGAACCAACCCGAGUCCUAUCAUCGGAGAGUGUAUCUCUGGAUUCACCCAGCCAUGUCAAAGGAAGCCAUAGAUUUGGUUCAGCGCUGUACACAACACUUCAAUGUAUCUCCGUCCAACCUGGGAGCAAUUCGUUUUGCCAAUUUAACAGGGCGUGUAACGAGAAUCUGCACCAUCGGUCGUCAGUCUCAUCGACUGCUGAGCGAUAUCUUCACUCCUUCCGACUCGGUUCAUUCUCGUGGCGACUGGAAAGCGUGGGCGACAAUCGCCGCCAACGCUAGCCAAUCGAGUUGUCUUCCCUGUGGCUUGACAUUGUAUUUACCCCAAUGUACUGAUUUUCUUCAGAAUCGCCCUAAGCUAAAGUUGCGCAAUCGGAAUUGGAUAUGGCAGCCUCCGAAUACAACGAAUGUCGACCUCUCACGAGGUGGGGAACGGUACACUUGGUCAGAUAGCCUGUUCACUACAACAGGCAACUUCGCCGAUCUUUUGUGUGACGGUGCAAUCGACGAGUCGUCGGCCACCCAAACUGCGCCCCGACUAUUCAAAACUCGGUACUGA